AGGAAUGCACGCUCCCUGCGCAGCGAAGCUUCGGCGCGAGCUGUACGCACUUUAUUUUUAACACACUGGGUGGGUCAAACGGCGGUUGACGGGAAUGAACGGUGCGCACGGUGGCUCUCUCUCUGUCUCCUUCCAGCCCCGCUCCCCAACCCCUCUGCGCGUUCAGUCCUUACCGUGUGGUGCCCACGACCGUGACCCGGACCACUACGGUCUCGGUGGAAUUAUAAUUCGUAAAUAAUUUAAGGGAAUAAGGGAAUUAAAAGAAGGGACUGCGAAAGAAAAAUACUCUCAGUCAGCAUCUGUUGAAGGAUUGUGUCGUUUUGCAGAGGCCUCGUGUGUGAGCUCCGUCUGUCUGCCCCUCCCCCCACCGCUCCUACACCAAGACCUGAAGACUCCACCCUGCGGCAGCCAUGACCUCCACUACAGACUUUGACAACGUCGAAAUAACGCAGCAGUACAGUCACAUCAACACCAGGUUCGAGCUCUCCGAUGAGGAGCUGGACAACGACAACAGCUCCGCUCGGCUCUUUGAGCGCUCCCGCAUCAAAGCCCUCGCAGAUGAGCGAGAAGCAGUUCAAAAGAAGACGUUCACAAAAUGGGUGAACUCCAUCCUCUCUCGGGUGAGCUGCAGGAUCUCGGACCUCUACCUCGACCUGCGGGACGGUCGCAUGCUGAUAAAACUGCUGGAGGUCCUGUCUGGUGAGCGGCUGCCCAAGCCCACCAAAGGCCGCAUGCGGAUCCACUGCCUGGAGAAUGUGGACAAGGCCCUGCAGUUUCUCAAGGAGCAGAGGGUGCACCUGGAGAACAUGGGCUCCCAUGACAUCGUCGACGGCAACCACCGCCUCAUUCUGGGCCUCAUCUGGACCAUCAUCCUGCGCUUCCAGAUUCAAGACAUCAUAGUAGAGACUGGGCAGGCGGACCACAGAGAGACACGCUCGGCCAAGGAUGCCCUGCUGCUCUGGUGCCAGAUGAAGACUGCUGGUUAUCCAAAUGUCAACAUCACCAACUUCACCACGAGCUGGAAAGAUGGCAUGGCAUUUAAUGCUCUUAUCCACAAACACAGGCCUGAUUUGGUGGACUAUGGCAAGCUGCGGACGUCCAAUCCAACCCACAACCUCCAGCAAGCCUUCACUGUAGCCGAGCAGAAACUAGGUGUAACCAAACUGCUGGACCCAGAAGAUGUGUUCACAGACAACCCUGAUGAGAAGUCCAUCAUCACCUAUGUUGUAGCCUUCUAUCACUACUUCUCCAAAAUGAAGGCACUGGCGGUAGAGGGGAAGAGGGUUGGGAAGGUGCUGGACCAAGCUAUUGAGACAGAGAAAAUGAUUGACAAGUAUGAGAGCCUUGCCUCAGACCUGCUGACGUGGAUCGAGCAGACCAUCAUCGUUCUGAACAACCGCAAAUUGGCUAAUUCUCUGACUGGUGUCCAGCAGCAACUACAGGCCUUCAACACCUACCGCACCAUGGAGAAACCACCCAAGUUCCAGGAGAAAGGCAACCUGGAGGUUCUGCUCUUCACCAUCCAGAGCCGCAUGAGGGCCAACAACCAGAGGGUGUACACACCGCGUGAGGGGGCCCUGGUGGCCGAUAUCAACAGGGCCUGGGAGCGGCUGGAGCGGGCAGAGCACGAGCGAGAGCGUGUUCUGCGGGACGAGCUGAUCCGGCAGGAGAAGCUGGAGCAGAUGGCCCGGCGCUUUGACAGGAAGGCCGCCAUGAGGGAAACCUGGCUGCUGGAGAACCAGAGGCUUGUGGCUCAGGACAACUUUGGUUACGACCUGCCGGCGGUGGAGGCGGCGAAGAAGAAGCACGACGCGAUCGAGACGGACAUCGCAGCGUACGAGGAGCGCAUCCAGGCGCUCGUGGCCGUGUCCCGGGAGCUGGAGUCGGAGAAGUACCACGACACCAAGCGCAUCAACGCGCGCAAGGACAACAUCCUGCGUCUGUGGGACUACCUGCUGGAGCUGCUCAAAGCCCGGCGGGGACGCAUGGAGAAGAACCUCACCCUACAGAGGAUCUUCCAGGAGAUGCUCCACAUCAUCAACUGGAUGGACGAGAUGAAGGCUCGGCUCCUUUCCCCAGAUUUUGGGAAGCACCUUAUGGAAGUGAAUGAUCUGCUGGAGAAUCAUGCCCUAGUGGAAGCUGACAUCGGCACACAGGCUGAGAGAGUGCGAACAGCUAAUGCUGCUGCCCUCAAAUUCGCCAAUGGAGACUCCUACAAGCCAUGUGACCCACAAGUAAUCCGUGAUCGGGUGCAGCACGUGGACCUGUGUUACCAGGAGCUCUGCGUUCUGGCAGCCCAGCGCAAGGCUCGUCUGGAGCAGUCCCGGCGCCGGUGUAAUUUCUUCUGGGAGAUGGCAGAGCUGGAGAGCUGGAUCAAGGAGAAGGAGCACAUCUUCUCCUCACUGGACCACGGCAAGGACCUGACCAGCGUGCUGGUGCUACAGAGCAAGCACAGUGCCUUCGAGGACGAACUGGGGGCCCGGCGUGCGCACCUGCAGCAGAUCAUGGAGGAUGGGGACAGUAUGGUGCAGGCCAAGCACUUCGGGGCGCAUGAGAUCCAGGAGCGCAUGAACGAUGUGCAGCGGCAGUGGCAGCAGCUGGAGGAGCUGGCCGCGUUCCGGAAGCGGAACCUCCAGGACACUCAGCGGUUCUUCCAGUUCCAGGGCGACGCGGACGACCUCAAGGCCUGGCUGCUGGACGCCCGGCGGCAGAUGACCAGCGACGACGUAGGUCAGGAUGAAUACAGCACCCAGCGGCUGGUCAAGAAGCAUCGCAACCUGCAGGACGAGGCGACCAAGAACGCGGCCACCAUUGAUGCCUUGUCCAAGCAAGCCAACAGUCUGCCGGAGGAGCUGCGCAACACACCAGACAUCCAACGUAGACUCAGGGAAAUUCGAGACCUGUACAUGGAGCUCCUGUCCCUGUCUGACCUGCGGAAGAAGAAGCUGGAGGACGCUAUGGCUCUGUACACAAUCUUUAGUGAGACAGAUGCGUGCGAGCUCUGGAUGAGCCAGAAGGAAACGUGGCUGGUUGGGCUGGAGACACCAGAGAAGCUGGAGGAUCUGGAGGUGGUGCAAAACAGGUUGAGUAUCCUUGCCCAAGAGAUGGGUAAUGUUCAGUCACGAGUUGAUGAUGUGAACAAAGCAGUGAAGCAGUUGGAAGACAGCAGACACCCCAGCAUGAAGAGCGUGAAGGACUGUCAAACACGUCUUAACAAAAGGUGGGAUGCUUUCAAGGCAAUGGUGGAGGAAAAGAAACGCAAGGUGGACUCAGCGCUCAGCUUGCACAACUACGGGCUGGAAUGUGAUGAGACUGAGGCCUGGAUCAAGGACAAGACACGUGUCAUUGAAUCCACACAGGACCUUGGCAAUGACCUGGCAGCUGUUAUGACCAUUCAGAGGAAGCUGUACGGCAUGGAGAGGGACCUGGCAGCUAUUGAGGACAAGUUGGACUUCCUGAAUGAUGAGGCGCAAAAGUUGGCCAAGGACCACCCAGAAAACGCGGCUAACAUAUUACGCCGACAGCAAGAGCUGGACCAAGCCUGGGAAGAGCUGAAGAAAACACUGAAGGACAGGGAAGAUUCCCUGGGAGAAGUGAGCAAGCUGCAGACCUUCCUGCAGGACCUGGAUGACUUCCAAUCCUGGCUCUUCAAGACACAGAAGGCCAUCGCAUCUGAGGAGAUGCCCGCCACCCUGCCCGAAGCUGAGCAGCUCCUGGACCUGCACGAUGCGGUCCACCAAGACAUGGACCAGCACGAAGAAGACUACCAUCGGGUGAAGGACACAGGCACAAAGGUGACGCAAGGCGAGACUGACCCACAGUAUCAGCAGCUGGAGCAGAGGCUGAAGGGCCUGGACACAGGCUGGGAUGAGCUGCACAAGAUGUGGGACAGCCGCAAGAACUUCCUUGAGCAGGGGCUUGGCUUCCAGCAGUUCAUGAGGGAUGCUAAGCAAGCAGAGGCCAUCCUCAACAACCAGGAGUACAUCCUUGCCCAUGCGGACCUUCCUGACACCCUGGAUGGGGCAGAGCAGGCCCUAAAGAAGCAUGAGGACUUUGUUAACACCAUGGAUGCCAAUGAAGAGAAGAUUGUGUCCACAAUAGAUGGUGGACAGAGACUGGUGGACACUGGAAACCUUUACUCUGAGAGGGUCAAAGACAAGAUAGGCUCCAUCCAAAACAGAUACGACACCAACCGAAGGAAAGCUGACGAGGUGUCCGGGAAACUGAAAGACAACCGCGACCUUCAGCACUUCCUGCAAAACACUCAAGAUCUAACCCUUUGGAUAAACGAGAAGAUGCUGACCGCUCAGGACACCUCGUACGAUGAAGCACGCAACCUUCACAGCAAGUGGCAAAAGCACCAGGCCUUCAUGGCCGAAUUGUCCUCCAAUAAGGACUGGCUGAACAAAAUUGACCAGGAGGGGCAUGAAUUAAUGCAGGCUAAACCAGAGUUCGAGCCCAUAGUGAAGGAGCGCCUGGCCCAGCUGCAUGAUCUUUGGGACAAGCUGGAGUCCACCACACGGGAAAAGGACCGCCUCCUGUUUGACGCCAACCGCUCUGAGUUAUACGACCAGCGCCUAGCUGAUGUCAAAAAGUGGCUGGGAAACCUGCAGCAGCAACUGCAAGGGGAUGAGGAGGUGAAGGACCUGACCAAUGCCAACAUCCUGCUCAAGAAACAUCAGAUUACGGAGAAUAAGGUGCGGGAUGGCGCACAGGAGCUGGAAGAGCUGCAGGAGGCGGUACAGAGCCAGGCGCCCCUGCGGGAAGACCGGCCGGAGCUGGAGGCCGAGCUGCAGGGUCUACAGCAGGAGUUCCAGCAGCUCUUCACCCCUCUGGAACAGCGGCGAGGAAAGCUGGAGGCCGCCAAGGCCGUGCACCAGUUCUACCGGGACCUCGCCGAUGAGAUUCUCUGGGUUGAAGAGAGGUUGCCCUUGGCAAAGUCGGAGGAGCACGGAAACAACCUCCAAGCAGUCCAGCUGCUUCUCAAGAAGAAUCAGACCUUACAGCGGGAGAUCGAGGGGCACCAGCCGCGGAUCGACGAGGUGCUGGAGCGUGGCAGGCGAAUGGUGGCGGCGGAGAGCCCCGAAUCGGAGCGCAUCGGGCAGCAGAUGAAGGAGCUGGAGGAGGUGUGGGCGCAGCUGCAGGAGGAGACCGCCAAGCGCAGGGGCCGCCUGGCCGAGUCCAACCGGGCACAGCAGUACUACAACGAUGCAGACGAGGCCGAGGCCUGGAUCGGGGAGCAGGAGCUGUACAUGAUCGCUGACGAGAAGGCAAAGGAUGAGCAGAGUGCCAUGCUGAUGUUAAAGAGGCACCUGAUUCUGAAGCAGAAUGUGGAUGACUAUGCAGAUUCUGUGCAGAAGCUGGCUGACCGUGCACAGAAGAUGCUGGCAGAAGACCAUCCUGAUGGCGAGGCCAUCAUCCGACGGCAGGGCCAGGUCGACAAACAGUACGCAGGCUUGAAGGACCUGGCAGAGGAGCGCAGGAAGAAGCUGGACCACGUCUACCACCACUUCCUGCUGAGCCGUGAGGUGGAGGACCUGGAGCAGUGGAUCGCCGAACGCGACGUGGUGGCGUCCUCCCAGGAGAUGGGCCAGGACCUCGACCAUGUCACGAUCCUGCGGGAUAAGUUCCGUGAUUUCGCCCGGGAAACGGGAUCUGUGGGUCAGGAGCGUGUGGACGCGGUGAACCAGACGAUCGACGAGCUGAUUGAGUCAGGUCACAGUGAGGCAGCUACCAUGGCGGAGUGGAAAGACAGCGUGAAUGAGAGCUGGGCGGACCUGCUGGAGCUCAUCGAUACCCGUGCGCAGCUCCUCACAUCCUCCUACGACCUGCUGAAGUACUUCUACGAUGGGAAGGAGCUUGUGGCCCAGAUUCAGGAGAAGCAGACCCAGCUGCCCGACGAUGUGGGUGAGGACUUCAGCAAAGCUGAGUCCUUCCAUCGCAUGCACGCUGCCUUCGAGAGGGAUAUCAGCACGCUAGGCAAACAGGUCCAGCAGUUCCAGGAGACAGCGGCCCGGCUGCACGCUCAGUAUGCGGGCGACCAGGCCAAUGCCAUCCAGACCAUGGAGCGCGAGGUGGUGGAGGCCUGGAAGGGCCUGCUGGAUGCCUGCGACGGACGCAGGGCGCGCCUGGUCGACACAGCCGACAAGUUCCGCUUCUUCACCAUGGUGAGGGACCUGAUGGCCUGGAUGGAGAGCAUCAUCCAGCAGAUAGAGACGCAGGAGAAGCCCAGAGACGUGUCCUCUGUGGAGCUUCUGAUGAAGUACCACCAGGGCAUCCGCUCUGAGAUCGAUGCCAGGGGUCCCAAAUUCGCUUCCUGCGUGGACCUGGGUCGUGCCCUCCUGGCACGCCGACACCGGGACUCUGCAGAGAUCAAAGAGAAGUUGGUCCAGGUGAUGGAAAAGAAGAAGGAGAUGAUGACCAAGUGGGACGACAGAUGGGACUGGCUAAGACUCUUGCUGGAGGUGUGCCAGUUUGCGCGUGAUGCGUCUGUGGCGGAGGCUUGGCUGAUUGCACAGGAGCCUUAUGUAGCGAGCAGAGACCUGGGCCAGACGGUGGACGAGGUGGAGAAGCUCCUGAAGAGGCACGAGGCCUUCGAGAAGUCCACUGCCACCUGGGAGGAGCGCUUUGCAGCGCUGGAGCGCCUCACCACGCUGGAGCUGCUGGAGCUCAGGAAGCAGCAGCAGCAGUUAAGAACGGAGGAAGAGCAGCGCACUGAGAAGGACAGCAGGAAAGAAGACACAGGCUAUGGAGAGGGGUCUUCCCAGCCCUACACUCUCGAGGAGCCAUCUCUGUCUGGUUCAGUGGCUGUGGAGCCGAGCUCUGGGCAAUUGGAUGGAUCAACAGAGCUGUCAACAGCGCUAGCGGUGUCUGAGGUACAGGGGAGUGGCUCGGGACAGAUGGAGCCCUCCGGGCCUGAGCUGCAGCUGCCCCCGAAGGAGCCGGAGCGGGCCGCUACCCUGCCCACUGAGUCACCCAGGAGCCAAGCUGUGCUACUGGAGGGCAUGCUGGGACGCAAACAUGAGCUGGAGGCAGCUGGCAAGAAGGCCUCCAACAGGUCGUGGAACAACCUGUACUGUGUGCUGAAACCAGGGCAGCUCUCUGCUUACAAGGAUGCCAAGAGCUUUGGCUUUGGCGUCACUUACCAUGGAGAAGACCCCCUGACACUGAGCAAUGCCACCUGUGAGGUCCUUACCAACUAUAAGAAGAAGAAGCAUGUGUUUAAGCUACGGCAAGGAGAUGGCAGCGAGUACCUGUUCCAAUGCAAAGAUGAGGAGGAGCUCCAGAACUGGACACAGGCCAUUGAGAAGGCAGUGGAGCCCCAGUCAGAAGAGGUAGCCCCGGGACCCUCCGGAGCACGGGCUCAAAGCCUGCCCCCACCCACCUCCUCCACUAUCCCAGAGGCCAGUUCUGCCAAGAAGGACAAGGAGAAGAGGUUCAGUCUUUUCACCAAAAAGAAGUGAGAGGGAAAGUGCUAGGGUAUAGGGCCACACAGUCAAGCCUGUCUUUUUAUCACUAUCCUGAUUUUUUUUUACAUUAGCAAAAAUUUGUAAAAAUCAAAAUCAAAAUACGUUGAUUAUGAACAAAAAAAGCACGCUUUGCUGCUUGUAUUUAAGCCAGUGUUUCUGCAAUGCUGAGGUCUACCUGUUUUUAACCUUUUUUACACGAUAUCAGGUUCACAAUUUAACCAAAACACAUGAAUGCUCCUUUCACAAAUCAACCAAAGAAUGUUU